AUGAUGAUGAUGCAGGUCUAUAUUGUGUACUUGGGGUCACUUUCUGAUGGUUUGUACUCGCCGUCAUCUCACCAUCUUAGUAUUCUACAGAGAGUUGUCCAGGACAGUUCUCCUGAAAAUGUUUUGGUAAGAAGUUACAAAAGGAGUUUCAAUGGAUUUGCUGCCAGACUCACUGACCAGGAAAGAGAAAAACUUUCUAAAAUGAAGGAAGUAGUCUCUGUUUUUCCAAGCAGAACAUUGCAACUUCAAACAACAAGAUCUUGGGACUUCAUGGGAUUCAAUGAGAAAAUUGGUCGAAAUGCCACAGUUGAGAGUGAUAUUAUUGUGGGUGUCAUUGACAGUGGAAUUUGGCCUGAAUCUGAGAGUUUUAAGGAUGAAGGUUUUGGUCCUCCACCCAAGAAGUGGAAAGGUGCUUGUGAAGGGGGCAAAAAAUUUACUUGCAACAACAAGCUUAUUGGAGCUCGGUAUUACUCGUCAACAGAGUCUGCAAGGGAUGACACAGGUCACGGAACCCACACUGCCUCAACGGCAGCAGGAAAUGCUGUAAGAGAUGUAAGCUUUUAUGGACUAGCACAAGGUACGGCAAGAGGAGGAGUUCCCUCUGCAAGAAUUGCAGCAUACAAAGUCUGUACCCCGGGCACAUUGUGUAGUGCACAUGAUACCCUGGCUGCUUUUGACGAUGCAAUUGCUGAUGGAGUCGAUAUUAUUACAGCUUCAGUUGCAUUUAGUAUGAUACAAGAAUUCGAUGUGGAUCCUCUUGCAAUUGGUACUUUUCACGCAAUGGAGAAAGGGAUACUAACCUCACAUGCUGCGGGCAACAAUGGACCUUCCGGUGCUACUGUAACAAGUGUAGCACCUUGGGUGCUUACAGUUGCAGCAAGUAGCAUGGACCGUCGGAUCAUUGACAAGGUUAUCCUUGGAAAUGGAAGGACAGUAAUUGGGAAUUCUGUGAACUCCUUCACAUUAAAUGGUACAAGUUUUCCUCUGAUACAUGGAAAAAAUGCUUCAAAGAAUUGCACAGAAACAAUUGCGGGAGGUUGUGAACAAGGUUGCCUGGACAGUAGUCUAGUGAAGGGAAAGGUUGUGCUAUGUGAUAAAUAUGGACUUCUUGAAGCAUUUCAAUCUGGUGCACUAGGUUCAAUUUUACCCAAUUUUCGAGCUGUUGAUGAUGCCUCUUAUGUUCUCCCAUUAGCUGGCACGACUAUAAACAACGAAAACUAUAAUGUAGUCAUGUCAUACUUGAACUCCACCAGAUAUCCUCGCGUGAACAUAUUAAAAAGUGAAGUCAUAAAAAAUCCUGCUGCACCUGCUGUUGCUUCAUUCUCUGCACGUGGACCGAAUUUAAUUUUACCUGAUAUUAUCAAGCCAGAUAUAAGUGCCCCAGGGAUAGAAAUUCUGGCUGCAUUUUCGUCUGCUCCUAUCUCAACCACUCCUGGAGAUAUGAGGCGUGUUAAGUACAAUAUACAAUCUGGAACCUCCAUGGCUUGCCCCCAUGUUGCUGGUGUAGCUACCUAUGUUAAAACCUUCCGCCCUGAUUGGUCUCCCGCGGCCAUCAAAUCAUCUAUUAUGACUACUGCUUGGCCCAUGAAUGAUCCCAGCAGCAAUGUUUCCACUGGUGAAUUCGCUUAUGGAUCAGGCCAUAUCAAUCCAUUAAAAGCUAUUGACCCCGGGCUUGUGUAUGAUGCUUCCAAAGAAGAUUACAUAAAGUUGCUGUGCAUCAGCUAUGAUGAAAGCAGAGUUAGACUUGUAUCAGGAGAUAACAGCACAUGCCCUACAGGUCCUGACAAGGGAUCUCCGAAGGAUCAUAAUUACCCUUCGAUGGGAGCAAAAGUUACCGCAAUGCAACCAUUUACAGUUAAAUUUAAUAGAAGAGUUAAAAAUGUUGGCAAUGCAAACUCCACUUAUGUAGCCAAAAUCUCCCCCAAUUCCAAACUCGAGAUUAAAGUGGUGCCGGAAGUCCUAUCCUUCAAGUCCUUGAAUGAGGAGAAGACUUUUAAUGUGACUGUUUCUGGAAGCAAUUUGCCUUUUGAAUCACGAGCAUCUGCUUCACUGGUUUGGUCUGAUGGUACUCAUGGCGUUAGAAGUCCGAUUGUUGUGUACACCGUGCCUAGAGCAUGA